UCAACAUGUGCAAUUAUAUCCAGAUCCAAUAUCAUUGCGGCCACUUCCGGUUUCCCGUGCAGCGCUGGUGCCACGUCUACGAACGCACGCAUAAGAAGUGCCAGCCCAAUGUUACUUGCGCCGAGUGGAGGGGCGAUGAAGUCUGUCCGGAUUGCCGACCAGUCCCGAAACCAGCUUGGGAGUGGAUGAUCACGAGGCCGCGUCAGAGUCCAUAUGUGUGAAUUGAGAUUACGCCAAUGUUCAUGUCAUUAGCGGAGGACCAGGUAGUGGAGGUAGUUUCAAUAUGACUCUCAGCGAGCGACAUGUUCCUCUUUCCCUGCAUGUGACGAGCAAUGGGCAGGACUACAUAGUUCAAGUACUAGAUACGAUACACCUGAAAAUCCUAGCGCUCCAUGCUAGCCUGUCGCGAUGGACAUGGUCAAAGGUCGGCAUAGCUGUGGCCUGCUUUGGUGAGCGAACACGCCACGCGCAUGUGGAAGCC